CCCGCCAUGACGAUUGAUCCAUGAUGUAUUCCCUCCGUGCGGUCCGAAAGUCCCGGAGUAUAUUUGCGUCAUGUCGAUCACACAGCAACCGAGCUUGAGCAAUAAUGCGGGGAGCUCCAUGGCUUUUGUGAGAGGGAUCGUGGGAGGGAUAUAUCCAGCACGACCACCGGCACAUGGUGACAAUGGUCCUAUAUCUGCUGGGGAGCAGCAGCGGAGAAGUUCAUCACCCAUCCCACCACGUAUUGGUGAUCUAAUAGGGGGUGCUCGGUUUCCUUUCUCUCGGAGAUGUGAGAUUCCGGAUCUUCUUCCGAGAUGUGACUUUCCUGAUCAUGUUUUUGGCCGGACUCCGGGUUGGGUCUUGCUUUCUUCUUAGGCUUACGGUUUGAUCGGCUGCUGGAUAGCAAUUCAUUCAGCUAUCGCACAUGCUCAGCGAUGCCAGCCUCAACAGCCUUUGCCUCCGGCCAACGAAGUUCUAACUGAGUUAGGGCUUCUGAGACGGUUUGCACUUCCGUGGCGACCGCGGGGGUGACACUAUGCGUCGAAGAAGGGCCUGGCUUCGGGACUUUGGCGUAGCGAGAGACCUUAUCGCUCGCCGACCCACGCUCAUCCUCGUGGUCGCUUUCUGUCUCCGAUCGUGAUCUUUUGGUUGGUGGUGGUGGUAUGAAUGGGUUCUCGAGACCCGCGUCUGCAUCUGAACCUAGUUCAGCCGUGAUCUUGUUGAUUUGUGCUGUCAAGUCUGCAUGCAUACUCUUCAGCAACUCAAUGUACGGGUCAACGUCUGCCAAAUUUAUCCUGCGAUGCCCAACAACGGGUCCACCAGGGUCUCAAUGACUGGCCUGUUCACUCCUCGUGCGGCCGUCAUCUUGUUGACUUCUCACUUGUGCGGUCAACUCUAGAUGUAUACUCUGGUGGCGCGGCUACGGCGGCGGCAGUGUCGGCGGCUAGGUUUCGGCAGUGACGUUUUCUUCUCUGACAUGCUAGCACCGUUGAAAAAGUCUCCGAUAAACAUGUUCAAUGGGCCUGAGUCUGUGGAGGAAUGCAUUGGCCUCAACUUCUUGUUCGGUGAAAGACCACUAUAGCCAUGUCAGUCGAAAUGAUUUGCACAUUCCAGUGCGAGCCGAGAAUACCGUCUUGAUUUUGGGUACAGCCGUACUUGAAGACAUAGGCGAAGUUCUCGGCGUUCCACUUCUCAGAGAAAUACUCGAACAGUUCAUCAUCUGCUUCAAUCAAUGACGGAAUGUGGUUGACCGGGUUCUUCUGAUGCGGUAGUCAAGCCGAGAUCCGAUGACCAGUGAAAGCGUCAGAAGAAUCAGCCGCCUUCAACGGCGCCGGUGGACCAUACUCCGACAUCCAUUGCUCUUUCUGUCAGGGAAUAUGGUUUGCUGUAUGAUACGUACGCUAGGGGAUAGAGCUUCGUGCUCUUCAUAUACUUCGCGUUUUCGUG